AUGACAGAGCUAGUCCGUGAUACCGCGUUCGGCCACGCCGUUCGCUUUCUCUCCAGGGGAAAGCUACUAAAAUAUGCUGAAGAAGCCGAUCCAUCACUCUACAAGAACUACGUCGAUGAGAAGAAGUCUGGCAACCUUGCAGACCAUGGCGACACAAAUCCCCGCGAGGACGGGACGGAGCCUGAAACGUUAGGAGGUGUGCGCACACGAGAGAAUGGCGACCGAUCAGAGCACGACCCAGAGAAGACGAGAUCAUCAUCGAGAGAUACUUCAGACACAAAGGCGGCGAGUGAUGAUGCCAGCAUCAACCAUGCCAGCGGCGUCCGAGUCGAUCCUGAGAAGGGAAUGGACAAGAAUGUCGUUACCUGGUGGGGUGAGAACGACAGUGAGAAUCCUCAGAACUGGAGCCUGGGCAAGAAAUGCUUCGUCACAUUCGAGAUCUGCUUGCUCACGACGAGCGUUUACAUUGGAUCGAGUAUCUACUCAGCAGGAACUAUGAGCGUUAUGGAAACCUUUGGCGUGUCUCAGGUCGCCGCAACGCUUGGACUCUGUUUGUUCGUUGCUGGGUAUGGUCUUGGACCCAUGAUAUGGAGCCCUUUGUCCGAAAUCCCCCAGAUUGGCCGUAAUCCCAUAUACCUCGGAACUCUCGUGGUCUUCGUUGGACUCCAGCCUGCUGUUGCCCGCGCUCCCAACUUCGGUGCGCUCCUCGCCUUUCGAUUCAUCACUGGCUUCUUUGGAUCACCUGUGUUGGCCACGGGCGGAGCCUCGCUCGCGGAUAUCUGGUCUCCUAAGAAACGAGCUUAUUCCGUUGCGAUCUGGGGCGUUGCCGCAGUUUGUGGUCCGACAUUAGGACCUCUAGUAGGAGGAUACGCGGUUCAGUAUGGCCCCUAUGGACCAGGUCAAGGCGGAUUCACCGCAGCAUGGACUUGGCCUAUUUGGGAACUGAUGUGGCUCUCGGCUUUCUGCCUGGUCGUCCUGUUCUUCCUCCUUCCCGAGACAAGCGCGAACAACAUCCUUGUACGCCGAACUAAGAGGAUACGAAAGAUCACCGGCAACGACAAGUUUACAUGCGAAGCCGAACUCAUGUCGGCACAAAUGACUGGCAAGGACAUCGCUUUGAUCAGCCUGGUGAGGCCGUUCACUCUGAACUUCACAGAGCCCAUGGUUUUCCUGCUCAAUCUCUACAUCGCUCUGAUUUACGGCUUGCUGUACAUCUGGUUCGAGUCAUUCGUCAUUGUGUUUAUCGAGAUUUAUCAAUUCGGUCUCGGAGCAGAGGGCCUUGCUUUCCUGGGCAUCUUCGCUGGUGCAAUUGUUGUUAUCCCGCCAUUCUUCGCGUACCUUUAUUUCUCCCUUCGACGAUCAGGGCAACAUCCAGCCCGAGAAGAGACUCUUGCCAUGUUUCGUUGGAGCCUUCUGCAUUCCAAUCUGUCUGUUUUGGUUCGGUAUGUGAUAUUCUGCCGCAUUAUCCUACGUUUCUGGAUGGUCAAGUCGACCAGAUAUCCACUACAUCUCGGUAGCGCAUGGUUCUCGAUCGGGGCUUUCCUGCUGUUUAACAGCAUCCUGAACUACCUACCCGAUGCUUACCCCGAUUAUGCGGCAUCUGUGCUAGCAGGCAAUGAUCUCAUGCGAUCCGCAUUCGGAGCUGGUUUCCCACUGUUCGCUUCGGCGAUGUACAAGGAUCUUGGAGUUGCAUGGGCUUCCUCCACCCUGGCAUUUAUCUCGAUUGCCUUCAUCCCAAUACCAUUUGUCCUCUACCGAUACGGCGCGACACUGAGGAAGAACUAUUCCAAGCACGCCCGAAAGGAUAUUUAA